AUGGAGAAGCAAGAUGAAGAAGUGAGUCCUCAGGAGCUGCUGAAGCGCGUGCAGGUUCUGCUGGAGGGGAGUCCUGAAGUGGAGGCCGCCCAGCGGGAGACACUGCGCAACGUGUACGUGUUCGGCUCGCGCGUGCACCAGUGCCACCAGCCCGAUGCCGACUACGACCUCAUCGCCAUCGUCGAGGGGCCUUACUUUGAAGGGCCGAAGUUGAUCGAGGAGGGCGAUCUCAACGUGAACCUGUACCAUAGAGUCUACUUUACCCUCCUGCUCAAAGAGUGCCUCGUCUGGUGUCUGCUGGUGCUGUUCCUGCCUCGACGGUUUGUGCUCAAGGAGGAGAUCAAGCUCCCGUGGCAGAUGCGCAAACUCAACGUGCGCAAGUCGGCCCUCCUCGACUCCAAGCACAACCUCCAGAAGAUUUGCAACUUUGGUGUGCUUUAG